UUUGUAAUGCCCAGUUGUUAAAAUGCAGUCUUGAAACAGUGUUGGAUGGCAGUUUCUUCUUCAGAAAGUGUUUUGCUUUGCUGCAGAGCUAAGAGCAGGAACACUGCUUUUUGGUGCCAAAUCUGCUUUUGCUAAGGCUUAAGUGUUUUCUGAAGUGAUUGGGAAAGCUUGGCCACAAACCCACGUGUUUAUUUGCAUUUCACAUGUGUGUUUCGUUAGUGGGCAAUAUAAGGUCUGAAUGAAAACAUGCUUUGUUUUUCUUUUGUAUUCUGGGGUAAAAUUCUUUUUUCAGGAGAGCUGAGAAAGGUUCAGAGGAGCAAUGCAAACAAAUUGAGACAAGUAGCUGGCUGUCCUCUUUUAUAAGCACUCGGAUGAGGUGAUUGACAUUGAGGUUUACCCUAGAGUUGGAGGACAGAGACAAUUCUGUUGUAUCCAUGUUGGGAAAGAGGUAAUUGCUGUAGACAAAGAGGGUUAACGCUGGUAUCACAGAAAAAUGAAUAUGUUAAAACCAAGUGGACUUAAGGCUCCAUCAAAGACCAUCAAGCAUGGAAGUACGUUACUGAAAGCACCUGCAUCUGUUGCAACUGCUCCAGCAGAAAAGGCACCUUCCAGUGACAAGUCCUCAAGCACAACCACUGCAGACGCACACGACGACUUUGUGGAUGAUUUCAGAGUUGGAGAGCGUGUUUGGGUCAAUGGAAGUAAACCUGGCUUUAUUCAGUUCCUUGGUGAAACACAGUUUGCUCCAGGACAAUGGGCAGGGAUCGUUCUAGACGAACCAAUCGGUAAAAACGACGGCUCUGUGGCUGGAGUUCGCUAUUUCCAGUGUGAACCCUUGAGGGGAAUAUUUACAAGACCAUCAAAAUUGUCAAGAAAAGUGCUGACAGAAGAGGAAGCCAAUGGUACUCAGACAGCUCAUGCAUCUAGAGCUACAUCACCAACCUCCACAUCAACUGCCAGCGCGGUGUCCGCGUCCCCUGCUGCACUUCCUCCAACAGGAAUUCCACAGAAAACAUCACCACUUGCUGCUAAAGAACAUUCUACUCCUGCUCAGUUUAGCAAUCUUUCAAAAACUGCAAGUGGAUCUGUAUCAAAUCUGUCUGAAGCUGGAUCACUAAAGAAAGGAGAAAAGGAGCUCAAAAUUGGAGAUCGAGUUCUGGUGGGUGGAACCAAAGCUGGAGUUGUGCGUUUCUUGGGAGAAACUGACUUUGCUAAAGGAGAAUGGUGUGGAGUAGAGCUGGAUGAACCUCUGGGAAAGAAUGAUGGAGCUGUUGCUGGAACAAGGUACUUUCAGUGUCAGCCAAAAUAUGGUUUGUUUGCUCCUGUCCACAAAGUUACAAAGAUUGGAUUCCCAUCGACUACACCGGCAAAAGCAAAGACAACGGUGCGAAAAGUGGUUGCAACUCCUGCAGCCCUGAAACGAAGCCCAAGUGCAUCUUCCCUGAGUUCUCUCAGUUCUGUGGCAUCUUCAGUAAGCAGCAAGCCAAGCCGUACAGGACUAUUGACAGAAACAUCCUCCCGGUAUGCAAGAAAGAUUUCUGGUACCACAGCCCUGCAGGAGGCACUGAAAGAGAAGCAGCAGCAUAUUGAGCAGCUCCUGGCAGAAAGGGACCUGGAGAGGGCAGAAGUUGCAAAAGCAACCAGUCACGUGGGAGAAAUAGAGCAGGAAUUAGCACUUGUUCGAGAUGGACACGACCGGCAUGUACUGGAGAUGGAAGCAAAAAUGGACCAGCUGCGAGCUAUGGUGGAGGCUGCUGAUAGGGAGAAAGUGGAGCUUCUCAAUCAGCUCGAGGAAGAGAAAAGGAAGGUUGAAGAUCUUCAGUUCCGAGUGGAAGAAGAAUCCAUUACCAAAGGAGACCUAGAGCGAAAGAGGCAGAUUUCGGAAGAUCCAGAAAAUACGCAGACCAAACUGGAGCAUGCCCGCAUUAAGGAGCUUGAACAGAGCCUGCUCUUUGAAAAGACCAAAGCUGACAAACUCCAGAGGGAGUUAGAAGACACUAGGGUGGCUACAGUAUCAGAAAAAUCUCGCAUCAUGGAACUAGAAAGAGAUCUAGCAUUGCGGGUGAAGGAAGUAGCUGAGCUUCGAGGGAGAUUAGAGUCUAGUAAACACAUUGAUGAUGUGGAUACUUCUCUUUCAUUGUUACAAGAAAUAAGUGCUUUGCAAGAAAAAAUGGCAGCAGCUGACAAAGAGCAUCAGCGCGAGAUGAGCUCUCUGAAAGAGAAGUUUGAAAGCAGUGAAGAAGCGCUGCGGAAAGAGAUCAAAACACUUACAGCUUCAAAUGAGAGAAUGGGAAAAGAAAAUGAAUCAUUGAAAACUAAGCUUGAUCAUGCCAACAAAGAGAAUUCAGAUGUAAUAGAGCUGUGGAAAUCGAAGCUGGAAUCUGCAAUUGCUUCCCAUCAGCAAGCAAUGGAAGAACUGAAAGCUUCUUUCAGCAAAGGUGCAGGGGCUCAGACAGCAGAAUUUGCAGAGUUAAAAACGCAGAUGGAGAAGGUUAAAUUAGACUAUGAGAAUGAAAUGUCGAAUUUAAAACUGAAGCAGGAAAAUGAAAAAUCUCAUCAUUUGAAGGAGAUUGAAGCACUGAAGGCAAAAUUGCUGGCGGUCACAGAGGAGAAAGAGCAAACCCUGGAAAACCUGAAGACCAAACUGGAAAGUGUGGAAGAUCAGCAUCUAGUAGAAAUGGAAGACACUUUAAACAAAUUACAGGAAGCUGAAAUAAAGGUAAAGGAGCUAGAUGUACUGCAAGCCAAGUGCAAUGAACAAACCAAACUUAUUGGUAGUCUUACACAACAGAUCAAAGCUUCUGAAGAAAAGCUUUUGGACCUUGCUGCACUUCAGAAAGCCAAUUCUGAAGGUAAAUUGGAAAUCCAGAAACUUAGCGAGCAGCUUGAGGCAGCUGAGAAACAGAUACAGAAUUUAGAGACUGAAAAGGUUGAUGGAAGUAGCAAGGCUAGUAAUCUGGCCAAAGAACUGCAGGGCAAAGAGCAAAAGCUUCUUGACCUUGAGAAAAACUUGAGUGCAGUAAAUCAAGUUAAAGAUUCUUUGGAAAAGGAACUUCAACUUUUGAAAGAAAAAUUUACUAGUGCAGCUGAUGGAGCAGAAAAUGCUCAUCGCGCGAUGCAAGAAACAAUAGAAAAACUAAACCAAAAAGAAGAACAGUUUGCACUCAUGUCUUCAGAACUGGAACAGCUGAAGUCUAAUUUGACUGUGAUGGAGACUAAACUGAAGGAGAGAGAAGAGAGAGAACAGCAACUGACUGAAGCUAAAGCCAAACUAGAAAAUGAUAUUGCAGAGAUCAUGAAGUCAUCAGGAGACAGCUCUGCCCAGCUUAUGAAAAUGAAUGAUGAGCUACGGUUAAAAGAAAGGCAGUUGGAGCAAAUACAAUUUGAGCUUACAAAAGCAAAUGAAAAGGCUGUUCAGCUUCAGAAAAAUGUGGAACAGACAGCACAGAAAGCUGAGCAGAGUCAGCAAGAAACUCUCAAGACUCAUCAAGAAGAGCUGAAAAAAUUGCAGGAUCAACUAAUGGACAUAAAAAAGCAAAUGGAGACCAGUGAAAAUCAGUAUAAGGAUCUUCAGGCAAAGUAUGAGAAAGAAACUUCUGAGAUGAUCACCAAGCACGAUGCAGAUAUCAAAGGGUUUAAGCAGAACUUGUUGGAUGCAGAAGAGGCACUGAAAACUGCACAAAAGAAAAAUGAUGAGUUGGAAACACAGGCUGAGGAGCUGAAAAAGCAAGCAGAACAGGCUAAAUCCUUGAGCUCUGUGUUAGCAUCAGCCAGGAAAGAGAUUGAACUAAUGUCAGACAAGAUGAGGGAUUUAAUAUCAGAAAAAGAGACUCUGGCACAGGAGAGGAAUACUCUAAAAUUAGAGAAGGAGUCACUGUUAUCACAGCACCUAGAGAUGGAGUCAAAGAUUUUGUUAGUUGAGAAAGACGGAGAAGAGCUUUGGGCAAAAAACGAAGAACUUAAUUCAGAAAAUAAACAAAUUUUAAAGCAGAAAGAGGAAGCUGAGGCCAAAAGUCGUCAGGAAAGCACAGAAAAGGCAGCACUGAUUUCUGAGAAAAGCAAAUUGCUCUCUGAAAUAGAGACAGCACAGGCAGAUCUUCUGAAGGUAACUCAAGAAAAUGAUGCUCUCCGGUCUUCAGAGUCAACCUUGCUCCAGCAGUUGAAAGAACUUCAGGCCAACAAAGAUGCUAUGGAUGUGGCAUGUCAGAAACAUAUCAAGGAACGGGAAGAACUGGAGCGUUAUCAGAAGAAGCUUUUGGAAGAGAAUGAUGCAGUCAUCAAAGACAAAGAUGAUGUCAUUCAGAAACUGCAAAGUUCUUACGAUGACCUGGCUAGAAGUCAAAGAGAGCUACUGCAAGAAGUGUCAACUCUGACUGCAGAGAGAGAUUCAGCCCAGGAAAAAUACUUGGAUCUUAACAGUACACAUGUAGCCUUAACAACUCAAAUUGACUGUCUGCUGCAGACAAAUCAGAGUCUGCAGUCUGAGAAGGAGAUGCUCCUUAAAAACCGAGAAGAGCUGUGUGUGAGUUUGGCCAAUAGUGUUAGUGAAAAACAGGCAUUAAAAGUGAGAAGAGACGAGAUGCAAACGGAACUAGAGGCUGAACGUGAGAAACUUGAAAAGAUGACAAAAGACAAUAUGGAGUUGAAGGCUUCCCUUUCUAAUCUCUCUAAUUUUCUUGAGGAAAUGAAAUCCUCAAGAGAGACAUCUAACUCUGAACGUAUUCAUUUGCUUCAAGAGGCUCUUUCUGCAUCAGAACAAAGGCUUCUGACUGAAAGGGAGAAACUGCUAAAUGAAAAUAAGGCAGUUACUGAAAAGCUCAUGAAGGCCACAGCAGAUGCUGAGCUUGCUGAGAGAGCCUUCACUGAGAAGAUCAAUGAUUUGAACUUGGAAAAGGAAUCUGUUUUUUCUAAGUCACUGCAAUUUGAAAAGCACAAUGAAGCUCUUCUGCAAGAGAAGGAUGAGUUGGAGAGAAAGUACUCUGAGCUUGUUGAUGAGAAGAAGUCUCUUGAAAACACAGUUUCUGAAAUGAAGAGAGAGCAGGAGCUGGAUUUCUCAGCCAGGAGUGUUCUGGUCCAAGAGAAUGCCACCCUCAAAGAUUCCAUUGAAGCCCUCGAGGAGGAACUAAAGAAGAAGAAGCUAGAAAAUCAAGAGCUGAUAGCCUGUAAAAGUGACCUUUCAGAUCUUCUGAAGGAGGCCCAGGAUGCCAGAAGAACAUUAGAAAAUGAAUUGGCUGCUGUAUCACUUGCCAAGCAGGUCCUGUCAUCUUCAUUCAGUACCUUUUCCUCUGAUGCAGAAACACUGAGCAGAGAGAGGACAGAAUUACAAGAGAAAUGCCAGAAAUUAACUGAUGAGGUUGAGAAUAUGAAAGAAAACUUAACCGUGGAAAAGAAAGCUAGAAUAUUGGAUAAGGAAUCCUUUUUGUUGGAACGUUCGGAGCUACAAAACAGCAUUAGUUUCUUAGAGAAGGAGAUGGAAGUGAUGAGAGAGAAAAAUAAAGAAUUUCUGACUGAGAAAGAGCUUCUGGUUCAGGAAAAAGAAAAAUCUGAAACUAAACUGGAGGAAGUAAUGAAAGAAAAAAAGGUUCUCUGUACAGAAACAGAGCAGCUGGCGUCCAAAAUUGAGCAACUGAAGAGUGACUUUACUUCCCUGUCCGCAUCAAAAGCAGAGCUUGAGGACAUGCACAGCUGUGUCUCUGUGAUGCAGGAUGAACUUCAGCACAAAUAUGAGGCGAUGGAGAAGGAGAAAAUGGAGUUAGUUCAGGAAAAUGAAAGUCUGCAUGCUGAGUGGAAGAGCCUGGUCAUCAUUAAUGAAGAAAUAAUAAAAGAGAAGGAGAAAUUGUCCAAAAAAUAUUGCAAACUGCGUGAGAAGGUAGUGGCACUUCUAGAGCAAACUGAUGCAGACUUCUCAUGCAGACUGCUGUUCUCUGAGGAAAAACAUGAGCUGCUGCUGGAGGAGAUGAGCAAUCUGGCUUUGAAACUAAGAGAAAUAGAGACUCUCCAGGCCCAAACAUUUGUGCAAAAAAUUGAGGCUGACAAAAGAGCAGAAGAAGUUUUACAGACCAUGGAGAAGGUGACCAAAGAGAAGGAUGCCAUUCACCAAGAAAAGAUUGAAACUUUGGCAUCUUUGGAGAACUCGAGACAGACAAACGAGAAGCUGCAGAAUGAAUUGGACAUGCUUAAACAAAACAAUUUGAAAAAUGAAGAGGAACUCACUAAAUCAAAAGAGCUCCUGAACCUGGAGAACAAGAAAGUGGAAGAACUUAAAAAAGAAUUCGAAGCGCUGAAGCUGGCAGCUGCUCAGAAGUCCCAGCAGCUCGCAGCUUUGCAAGAGGAGAACGUGAAACUUGCCGAGGAGCUGGGCAGAAGCAGGGACGAAGUCACAAGUCAUCAGAAGCUGGAAGAGGAGAGAUCAGUACUCAAUAACCAGUUACUAGAGAUGAAAAAGAGCUUCCCCAGUAACACUUUAAGAGAAUCAACGUUGAAAAAAGAAAUUGAUGAAGAGAGAGCAUCUUUACAAAAAUCCAUCAGUGACACUAGUGCCUUGAUCACACAGAAAGAUGAAGAACUGGAAAAGCUCAGAAAUGAGAUCACGGUGCUCCGUGGAGAAAAUGCUUCUGCAAAAACCUUACAGUCAGUGGUUAAGUCACUGGAGUCUGAUAAGUUGAAACUUGAGGAAAAGGUGAAGAAUUUGGAGCAAAAACUCAAGGCAAAAAGCGAACAGCCAUUAACUGUAACUAGCCCCUCAGGUGAUAUUGCUGCUAAUCUACUUCAAGAUGAAAGUGCAGAAGAUAAACAGGUAUUUGAUGUGAAACAUCAGUGAGCUAAAACAGCAGUGUGUCUAUAGGCACAGUGCAAUCCUCCCACAUACAGUUCUUAGCACAUUUUGGAAAUUGGGACUACAAUAGACAGUUUUUUGUUUUCACCUUUUGCUGUUGAGGGGAAAUGUCAAUGGCUAGAAUAACAUGAGGAAGCAAGCAGGAGAAGUAGAGGUAGGAACUAGCUGCUCUGUUACCAUAUGAUUCAAACAGAUUUAGGAAAAAUGUGUAUGAAAGGACACAGUAAUCAUAGUGGACGUGUGAAAGAAAGCAGUGCAACAGGGCUGCCUGUGACAACAAAGGCCUAGGAUGCAUGGUUGGAAUAGCAGUGCUGUUAAAUCACUGGAGUUGGUCGUGCUGAUUAAAAGUCUUUACUGGUGACACGGUCAGUACAGAGGUCAGAAGCAGUGCAAUUAACCAAUUAAGUAACCACCAAUUUCUUUUUUUUAUCCCUCCCUGAAUUCACCUGCUGAUGACAAUGCUUUCUUCUGAUCAGCAAGAGAUUGACUUCCUGAAUUCAGUGAUAGUAGAUCUGCAAAGGAGAAAUGAAGAAUUGAACUUGAAAAUACAAAGAAUGUGUGAAGCAGCCCUCAAUGGCAAUGAAGAGGAG